AUUUCGGCCAUCCACGGUCACCGACCGUCGCGCAACGAUCUUCGCACGCUUUAAGCACGGGAAUGGGUGCCGAUACGUACAUUUAAUGAUGGCCUUCAGUUCCUGGUACCAUUUUUUCACCCACCGCGAACCGAGUAUACCGCUUUAAUCAUACCUUCGUCCCCGCAGAUAUCCUUCAUCAUGAUACCAUUGAUCGCGCUUGAAGAGCACUAUCUCUCUACUGUGGUCACCCAAGCGCAAAAGGUUGAUCGCUACGCUGAUUUUCCUCCUCAUAUCCCGGUCAAACUUAAGGCCUUCGGGGAGGAACGCAUGCGGGAUAUGGAUAAUGGGCAACUGUUACUUCAGGUUCUAUCACAUGCUCCCGGCAUCAGGCUUCCAGCAAUCUGUACUGCAGCAAAUGAUGAGCUUGCCUUGAAGAUCUCCAAGAAUUCGAAUCGAUUAGCUGGCUUUGCUAUGCUUCCUAUGAACGACCCGAUCGAUGCUGCAAACGAGCUUAGACGCUGCAUUAAGGACUUACAGUUUGUUGGUGCCUUGAUAGAUAAUCAUGUCCACGGAGAAUAUUACGACAAUCAACGAUUCUGGGUGGUCUUCCAGAUGGCUGAGGAACUCAAAGUUCCUAUAUAUAUUCACCCUUCUUUCCCUGUCGACAGAGAUCGUUACGAGGGUGACUAUAAUCAAAAGAUUGCGACAGCUCUCAGUGCCUUCGGCUGGGGAUGGCACUCGGAUACUGCUUUGAGUAUUCUGAAAAUGUUUGCCAGCGGCUUCUUUGACCGCUUUACCAAGAUCAAGAUCAUAAUUGGACAUAUGGGAGAGAUGAUCCCGUUCCAGCUUGAGAGAAUCAUCUCCACCACAGGUACCUGGGGUCUGAAGAGAGGAUUCAAACAGGUGUGGGAGGAAAACAUCUGGAUCACAACUAGCGGCAUGUUCGCUCUUCCUCCUCUGCAAUGCUUGUUACAGACAACCUCAAUCAGUCAUAUUCUCUAUAGCGUCGAUUACCCGUUCUCGUCUAACGAAAAAGGUCUGGCAUUUGUUGAAGAGGUUCGGCAGAGCGGUUUGCUGUCGGAGGCCGACUUUGAAAAGUUCGCCUAUGGCAAUGCACAAGAUUUGCUUGGCUUGAAAGUAUACUCGGGUUCUGACUCCCAAUGAUCUCGUUAGACCGGUGGGAAGGCGCAGGGAAAUCAAUCCUUCCAUUCUGCCGUUGGUUUGAGGGGUAAUAACUUACGGCUAGCUUCAGCGUUGAUAACUGUAUCGCACCUUGCCUUCCUACUUUCCAAUAAUUUCCAGAAAUAAUCGCUCAUACAGUAUCUCAGGCUGUCUGUAUAACAUUUCGUAGUCUACUAAGCUAUAUCUCAGUUAUAAUUUGUCAAGACAAAAAGCCAGUAUCUUGAAGAGCAAGUACGC